AUGGAUAGAGCAAAAGAAGAACAUAAUAUUAAAUAAAAGGCGUCGACUCCUUCUUUUUUAAUUAAAACCUACGACAUUUUGGAAGUACACAAAUUACCUCUACUUAUUAAUUAGAAUCCUGAUUAUAAUGAAAUUAUAUCAUGGAAUGAGGAGGGUACAGCAUUCGUUGUAAAAAAUGUUAAUGAAUUGGCUGAGAAAGUACUAUUGCAUAAAAUAGUCUAGGUAUUGCCUAACCACUUCAAGCAUAAUAAUUAUGCGUCAUUUGUAAGAUAAUUGAAUAUGUAUGAUUUUCAUAAAAUGAAAAAUGAAGGGGGAGAUAAUGAAUUUAGACAUAAAUAUUUUUAGAGAGGAAAUAAGUAAUCAUUAAUUCCUAUGUCACAAAGGCAUUUACUGUGUGAAAUCAAGAGAAAGUAAGGAGAACAGGUCGAGUAGUUUGACGAAAGAAAUUAAAAUUCAAGUUAGAAUUGUAAAUUUAUAUGUCAUUUAUAAUAGCCAAUAAUUCAAUGGAAGUAGAUAUGUCCAAACUAAAAAAUGAUUAUUAAUUUUUUCUUAAUGAAAUGCUCGGCAUUAAGGGAAAGUAACACGAAUUACAGAAGGCCCUGAUCUUAAUCAUGACCCAAAACGAUCAUCUGAUCAAUGAAAAUAAAUUAUUAUGGCAAGUAAGACAUCCAAACUCAAUAAUUUCUUAAGGAAAUCAAACGAAUCAGAGAGACUGACGAGAGAAAAAUUGAUACCUUGUCUUACUUAUUAGCCACCUUGAUUACAAAUAUGAAUUAAUCCUAAAACCAAUAAACAGUUCAACAACUCGUCGGUGUCUAAGUGCCACCACAGACUCAAAUCCCCCAGCAAGAACCAAGUAAAUAUUGAUAUUAAUAAAAGAUAAUCAUAUUGAUCAGCAGUUUAAUAAUCUCUUGAAUCUUCAACAAUUGAAUCAAAACAGUAUGAUAUUUGAAUAACCACAUUAGAACCUGGACAGCAAAAGGAUUAAAAGCAGCUCCAAGAACAUAAUUCUUUUCUAGAAAAAAUAAUGAAAACCUAAUAACAACAAGAACAGCAAUUACAAUCAAGUAUCUAUUUAUCCACUAUGUAAUAAGUCAAACAAGACAUUUCCUAAUAUGAUAAUAGUUAUAUGAAGAAACAAUGCAACAAUCAAUUUUAAAGACAACCAUAACAUAUGGAUUCAAAUUUCAUGGUUUAACAGAAUAGCUAGGCCUUGAUUUAAUGUAAGUUGCCCUCUAUAAAGUAGAACUCAUGAGCUUGUCCUAAUAAUAGCAAUCGCAGUAGCAAUAGCCAUAAGGACAAUAGUUCUAGAACAAUUUUUAGAAUUAUUUUGGAUAAAAUAAGGGAAAUGAAAAUUUUAGAGGAUUCCCAUAUUUAUGA